AUGAGCUUCUCAAACUCCACAAAUGAAUCAUGCCAAGGACGAUCCAAAACAUUUACUGAAAGGACUGCUAUUGCUUCAAUUCUGUCUUUAAUUGCAAUUCUAGCAACUUUGUUGAAUUCUGCUGUAAUGGUUGCUAUUUGUAUUACAAAGAAAUUGCACCAACCUGCAAACUAUCUCAUAUGUUCCCUAGCUCUGACAGACCUCCUUGUUGCCAUUCUAGUAAUGCCUAUCAGUAUUAUAUACAUUACCACUGAUGCUUGGGUUUUGGGUUAUAUUGUUUGUGAGGCAUGGUUGAGUUUGGACAUGACAUUCUGUACAUGCUCAAUCCUUCAUCUGUGUGUGAUUGCUUUGGAUAGAUACUGGGCCAUCACAGAUGCCAUAGAAUACGCUCCAAAAAGGACUGCCAAGCGUGCGGGAGUCAUGAUACUGGCUGUUUGGGCUAUUUCUGUUUUCAUAUCCAUGCCACCCCUGUUUUGGAGGAGCCACAAUGUUAACACUACAGAGGAAAAGUGCAUCAUUCAGCAUGACCUUGUGAUCUACACCAUUUAUUCAACAUUUGGAGCUUUUUACAUUCCAUCAGCUUUAAUUCUCAUCCUUUACUACCGUAUCUACCAUGCUGCCAAGAACCUUUACCAGAAACGUGGUUCCAGCCGCCACUUUACUGGUCGCAACAGUGAAAGCCAAAUCUACAUGAGCUAUAAUCUGACACAUACCUUUUGUGUAUCUGAUCUACACAACUCUGAACCUGCACUGAAGUUUCACAAUGAUCACCCGAUGGUCAGGGUCCCAACACUCGAAAAUGGGCAGGGGAGUAUGGAAGAGCGCCAGCAAAUCUCUAACUCAAGGGAACGGAAAGCAGCUCGCAUUUUGGGACUCAUUCUUGGGGCUUUCAUUAUCUGCUGGCUGCCCUUUUUCAUCAAAGAGCUCUGUGUGGGACUGCAUCUUUGUGUUGCUUCUCCAGUAGUUGCUGAUUUUUUAACUUGGUUAGGCUAUAUCAAUUCUUUAAUUAAUCCUCUCUUGUACACAAGUUUUAAUGAAGAUUUCAAGUUAGCCUUCCGGAAGCUUAUAAGAUGCAAAAAACAUGGUUAA